CUGGUCGUCCAAUAGUGGUACAAGCAGAAGGUCACGUGUGGGUCUCCGCUGGUCUUUGACGUUCAGUGCGUCGGACCUGAGCAGAGGCAGGAGCAAAAGGUGCACUAUGGGCCGCCUGGACGGGAAAGUGAUUGUGCUGUCAGCUGCCGCGCAGGGGAUUGGACGGGCUGCAGCAAUAGCGUUUGCAAAGGAGGGAGCUCAAGUCACAGCAACAGACAUCAAUGGAGAGAAGCUGAAAGAGCUGGAUGGAAUUCAAGGGAUCAAGACCAAGGUCGUGGAUGUAACUAAGAAGGACCAAGUCGAAGCCCUGGCCAAGGAACAUGAGCAUGUAGAUGUGCUGUUCAAUGUUGCUGGGUUUGUGCACCACGGCUCCAUCUUGGAUUGCGAAGAGGCCGACUGGGACUUCACAAUGAACGUGAACGUCCGGAGCAUGUACCUCAUGUGCAAGGCUUUCCUUCCUAAGAUGUUGGCAAAGAAAUCAGGAAACAUUAUUAACAUGGCAUCUGUUGCAUCAAGCAUAAAAGGCGUUGUGAACCGGUGUGUCUAUAGUACCUCCAAGGCUGCCGUGAUUGGGCUCACCAAAGCUAUAGCGGCUGAUUUCAUUGACAAAGGCAUUCGCUGCAAUUGUGUUUGUCCUGGUACUGUUGAUACUCCAUCACUGAGGGGAAGGAUCCAGGCCCAACCUGACCCAGAACAGGCUUAUAAGGAUUUCAUGGCAAGACAGAAAACUGGCAGAAUGUGCACAGCUGAAGAAGUGGCGCACCUGUGCGUAUACUUGGCCUCAGAUGAGUCGGCCUAUGUGACUGGGACAGAGCAAAUCAUCGAUGGAGGAUGGAGACUCUGAGAAAACUGUAGCGAGUUCACGGUGGCAGCAGUGGAGGCAGUCGCUUCUAUUCUCAUUCAAACCCCAAAUAAAGUGACUGGUCUUUUUUUGGGGGGGGGGAUUUUGCAUAUUAUGUUUACUGAUUCCAUGGGAGACAUUUUCUAACCUAAAAAUCUAUGCCUUAAAUGUGUACAAUGCCAAAAUAAUAUGUUGACUGACAUUUUAAUAAAUUGACUAUAUAACAAGUAGAGUACACUGGUAUUAUAAACUUAAUAAAUACAUCAUUUGUUAGUUUCACAAAGCACUCUGUCAAAUUUUGACUGUGAUUAAUAAAGAAAUUUGUUAAACAUGCAUUAAAAACGUCUUCACGAA